AAAUUAUAAGUUAAAGCUUUAUAUAUGAAUUAAAAGUUUUAUAAAUUUUGAUGUCUAACGUUUUAUAAAAAUACUAAACAGCAGAAUAUAAACAUUUCCCAAAUAUGAAGCUUAGUGUGGAUGGUUUAUUAGUUUAUUUCCCAUAUGAAUACAUAUAUCCCGAGCAAUAUGCUUAUAUGCUCGAGUUGAAACGAACACUUGAUGCAAAAGGUCAUUGUUUGUUGGAAAUGCCUUCCGGGACUGGAAAGACAGCCACAUUAUUGUCUUUGAUUGUAGCUUAUAUGCUUGAAUAUCCAGAGACUGUGCGGAAACUUAUAUAUUGCUCUCGUACAGUACCAGAGAUAGAAAAAGUCAUCGCUGAAUUGCAGAGCCUUAUGAAAUACUAUGAAAGGCAUGCACAACCUACUGGUCUAACUGGAUUAGUAUUGAGUUCACGUAAGAAUAUGUGUAUUCAUCCACAAGUAAGUGGAGAGCGUGACGGCAAAAGUGUUGAUGCAAAAUGUUUUGGUUUAACUGCGAGUUAUGUGCGAGAUCGACAUUCAGUAGAUGCAGACACACCUAUAUGUCAGUAUUACGAGGGUUUCAGUUGUGAAGGUAAGGAGUCAACACUACCCUGCGGUGUUUAUAGUUUAGAUGACCUAAAGGAAUUUGGACGUAUGAAAAAUUGGUGUCCCUACUUUUUAGCACGACAUGCAAUACUACAAGCUAAUAUUGUAGUUUACAGUUAUCAUUAUCUUUUGGAUCCAAAAAUUGCUGAAGUGGUAUCUAAGGAAUUAACGAAAGAAUCAUGUAUAGUUUUUGAUGAAGCACAUAAUAUAGAUAAUGUUUGCAUUGAUUCGAUGAGUGUUAAAAUCAACAGACGCAUAGUUGACCGCAGCACAAAUGCAUUAAAUAAUUUACAGAAAUUAGUAGAAGACAUACGCAAUGAUGAUAUAAAUCGAUUAAAUGAAGAGUAUCAACGAAUGGUGCAAGGUUUGAAAGAUGUUAGUGAACAACGUGAAACAGAUAUGGUUCUAGCAAAUCCCAUUCUGCCAGCUGAUGUUUUGAAAGAGGUUGUUCCCGGUAACAUAAGAAAUGCUGAGCAUUUUCUUAGCUUUUUACGCAGAUUUGUAGAAUAUUUAAAAACUCGGUUGAGAGUUCAUCAUGUUGUACAGGAAUCUCCCGCAGGUUUUUUAAAAGAUGUUCAGAGCAAAAUUUGCAUUGAACGCAAACCACUGCGAUUUUGCGCUGAGCGUUUAUCAAGCAUGAUGCGCACUCUUGAAAUAACAGACCCAGCUGAAUAUGGCAGUCUGACAUUGGUUACCCAUUUCGCCACACUAGUUUCUACUUACACUAAGGGUUUUACGAUAAUUAUUGAACCAUUCGAUGAUAAAACACCAACCGUUGCAAAUCCGAUAUUGCACUUUAGUUGCUUAGAUUCAUCGAUUGCUAUGGAACCAGUAUUUAAACGAUUUCAAAGUGUAGUCAUUACAUCUGGUACCCUAUCACCUAUGGAUAUGUAUCCAAAAAUAUUAAAUUUUGAUCCUGUAAUUAUGAGUUCCUUUACUAUGACAUUGGCAAGGCCAUGUCUGUUGCCAAUGAUUGUAUCCAAAGGCAAUGAUCAAGUGACUAUAUCUUCGCGAUUCGAAACACGUGAAGACUCUGCCGUAGUGCGUAAUUACGGGCAGUUACUUGUUGAGACCGCAAAAACUGUUCCUGAUGGCAUAGUUUGUUUUUUCACUUCAUAUUUGUAUUUAGAAUCGGUUGUAGCUGCGUGGUAUGAUCAAGGCAUUGUCGAUACAUUGUUACGUUAUAAACUGCUAUUCAUUGAAACUCAGGAUAAUGCUGAAACUAGUUAUGCAUUAAUGAACUAUGUGAAAGCUUGUGAUUGUGGUCGUGGUGCAGUCCUGCUUGCUGUGGCUCGAGGCAAAGUCUCUGAAGGUGUUGAUUUUGAUCAUCAUUAUGGGCGCGCUGUACUUAUGUUUGGAAUUCCAUAUGUAUACACUCAGUCAAGAAUUUUAAGAGCACGCCUUGAUUAUUUACGUGACCAAUUCCAAAUACGCGAAAACGAUUUUCUAACAUUUGACGCUAUGCGUCAUGCUGCACAAUGUGUGGGCCGUGCUUUACGUGGUAAAACUGACUAUGGUAUUAUGAUAUUUGCAGAUAAACGAUUCCAAAGGCAGGACAAACGUAAUCGUUUACCCAAAUGGAUACAAGAACAUCUUGUUGAUAAUUUUUGUGGAUUAAGUACAGAAGAAUCUAUGCAAUUAGCACGUCGUUGGUUACGGCGCAUGGCACAACCAUUUACUCGAGAAGAUCAAUUAGGUAUUUCACUCUUGACCUUGGAACAGUUGGAAAAUAUGGAAAAGGAAAAACUAGAGCUUCAAGCUCAAGGAAAAGAAGGUGUAGGCGGUGAAGUUAUGGAACUAUAAAAUAUAAAAACU